UCUGUGUCUGUCUCCGCCUGCACACACUGCAGCAGUGAAUUGGCUGCUGAUUCACCACAGCAGCGUCACUCCAUUUAAAUUCACUCAGCCGGCGCUGUCGGCAUCUCCAACUCGCGUCCGACAAGUUGUUUUUAGCCCGAACAGAAAUUACAAAAGGUGUUUUAACUCGCACACGCAGGCGUCAAUUUCUGCCUCAUCAUGUCUGCAGAGAUGCGGCGCAGCAGCACAACAGCGGUCCCGAUCAAAAACAUCGAGAGGGAGCUGAUCUGCCCGAUCUGCAAGGAGCUCUUCACCCACCCUCUGAUCCUGCCCUGCCAGCACAGCGUCUGCCACAAGUGUGUCAGAGAGCUGCUGAUGCUCAAUCAUGAGGACUCCUUUGAUGCCGGCUCCGAGUGCUCCCUGCCGGGUAGCCCCAGGUCCAGGGUGCCCUCCCCCUCCAUGGAGAGGCUAGACAGGCUUGUGCGAUCAGGUCCUCGGAAACGAAGCGGAAAUACUGGCUUGCAAACUGAGAUAAAUCCAGCACUCCUCACUUCCCCUGUCCCCCAAAAACGCUCCAUCUCAUCCCCGGGGUGGCGCAGAGGAUCUGUGACUCCCCGGGUCACCACUAUCGCAUGCCCGGGCUGCCAGCAUGACAUCGACCUGGGCGAGCGCGGCAUCAGCAUGCUCUUCCGUAACUUCACCCUGGAGAGCAUCGUGGAGCGCUACCGCCAGGCGGCCCGCGCAGCCGUCGCCAUCAUGUGUAACAUCUGUAAGCCUCCGCAGCAGCAGGAGGCUACCAAGAGCUGCAUGGACUGCAAGGCUAGCUACUGUAACGAAUGCUUCAAGCUGCACCACCCCUGGGGCACGCCCAAAGCCCAGCACGAGUACGUCGGCCCCACCACAAACUUUAGGCCCAAGGUGCUGAUGUGUCCCGAGCACGAGAUGGAGAAAGUGAACAUGUACUGUGAAGUCUGCAAACGACCCGUGUGUCACCUCUGCAAGCUGGGAGGAUCCCACGCCAACCACAAAGUCACAUCCAUGAGCAGUGCCUACAAGAUCCUCAAGGAGAAGCUGGCCAAAAGUAUCCAUUACCUCAUCAGCAAAGAGGACCAGGUCAGGACUCAGAUUACCGAUCUUGAGCUGCUCAUCAAUCAGACCGAGGAAAACGGCCAGCUAGCAGAGCGUCGAGCCAACGAGCACUUUGAGCGUCUGUUUGAGACGCUGCAGGAGAGGAAAUCAGAGAUGUUGAGAUCCAUCGAACAGUCCCGUAACCGACGCCUGGACCAACUCAGGUCCCAGGUGGAGGAGUACCAGGGCAUGCUGGAGAACAGUGGUCUGGUGGGCUACGCUCAGGAGGUUCUGAAAGAGACGGAUCAGUCCUGCUUCGUACAGACUGCAAAGCAGCUGCAUGUCAGAAUCCAGAAGGCCACCGAGUCUCUGAGGACUUUCCACCCUUCAGCUGACCCCUGCUUUGAUGAGUUUGUGCUGAACACAUCCAGAGAAGAGACUCUGCUGAAAGAGAUGUGUUUCGGUGGAGUCCCAGACCCUCCUCUGAUCGACCUGUCCCAAAGCAGAGUCUACAACGAGGCCACAAUCUGCUGGAGGCUGUCUGAUGACCACCUACCUACAGAUCACCACAUGCUCGAGUACCGCAGACUCGGUGGACCGAGCCAGUCCCCGUCUCAAGAGGACAGUGAGGACAGUGGGGUCUGGAGGGCCACAGACAGGGUGUACGGUCCCAGCACUGUGGUAUGUGACCUGGAGCCUGACAGCUUGUACUCCUUCAGAGUCCGAAGCUGCAGGAACUCCAUGUUCAGCCCCUACAGCCCCGAGGUCACCUUCCAUACUCCGCCUGCACCUACUUUCGGUUUCCUGUUCAGCGACAAGUGUGGAUUCAGCACGGAGCGCCUCAUUCUAAACAAACGACGGGACACUGUGGAGAGCAUAGCGGGCAUGGCCUUCCUCCUCGCAGCGGAGCGCGUGCAGACCGGCAGCUACGUUGCACUAGACUACAUAAUUGGGGACACAGGCAUCUCUCAGGGAAGACACUAUUGGGCCUUCAAGGUGGAACCGCAGUCCUACAUGGUUAAAGUCGGAGUGGCCUCUGACUCAAAGCUGAUCGAAUGGUUUCACAAUCCUAGAGAUACCAGCAGCCCGAGAUACGAUCAUGAUAGCGGGCAUGACAGCGGCAGCGAGGACACAUGCUACGAGCUCUCCCAGCCCUUUACCCUCCUCACCCUGGGCAUGGGCAAACUCUUCAUCCCCAAGGCUUUGUCAUCCUCCUCCGUUUCCACAGGAGCUGCACCGGCCGGUGACCCUGGGAACCGCGUGCUUCCUAUGCCACAACGCCUGGGUGUAUGUCUAGAUUACGACGCAUGCCGGGUGUAUUUUUAUGACGCCGACACCAUGAGGUGCCUUUACGAGAGGCAGGUGGAUUGUUCAGGAACGAUGUAUCCAGCUUUCGGCCUCAUGGGCAGUGGCAAGGUUCAACUGGAAGAGUUCAUCACCGCCAAGAGACUGACCUUCUAAGGAGGCGACGGAGUAUGUCGCUAAAUUCGGACCUGCAUCUGUUAAAUCAUUGGCAUGUUCUUGGAAGAGCAGGUUUUAUUGACAGGGUGAUGGAGUACAAUCCAAACCAUUUUUGUUUUUGAAGGUCAGUUGAGGCAGAUGUGAUCAAGGAUGUUGGUCCUUAAUGUGAAAAUGGGAUCUCUGCCAGAGACUGGCCUAUUUAGAGCUGGUAUGUAUAAUGUAUGACUCUGAAUAUUAGUGUCCACAUACAGAGGUGUUGAGAGGUUGGUAUAGAUGUGACAGCUCUUCUCUACAUACCAAAGUCUCUGUAACUGUUAAAUGUAUUUGACUUGGUUUUAAUUGCCAGCUAUAACCCGCUGUUAAUGUUGUGAAUUUGGCUGCAAAGUUAGACUUGCAGCCACAUUAAAUCCUUAUUGUUUUAACAUGAAACGCCUUUGAGCUUACACUGAAACUUCCUCUUUUGCCAGGUUUAUGUUUAUAGAUAUGUGUAAUUAUUAAUCACUUUACUGGGUGGUCUUUGUUUCUUUUGGCUGUAACUGUUUGUCUCUACGUAGCAGCAUAGGUUUUGUUGUAAUCUUAGUGGACCUGAGAGAGCCUUGUAGCCUUGUAGCUACUUUUGAAGCUAGCGCCUUCGUGCCUUUUUUUUUUUUUUUUUAGGAAAUGGGUCACUUUGUUUGCUCUAGCAAGCAGAUGUUGGUGUGUCACUGCACAAGCAUUGUAGAAAAAGACUUAUCAGCUUAAAUACUGUAUGUGUGUUUUUACUGUAGGUGUAGUUCAAUCAGACACUGGUGUCAAGAUUAUAACAGUUAAUGGUGUUCAAUGUGGCUCGUUAAUUACAUAUUUACUCACGACUAUCACAGAAAACACUACUUUUCUUCUUCGUCACAGUUACGGUCAGCUGUUUUUGCACAAUAUGAUGAAUGACGCCUCGCACAUGUUAGCAAUCAUCACAAUUUGAUCACUACCUAGUUUGCUUCUUCACUUUUUUAAUGUCGUAGAUUUAAUCAGCACAUCGAUGUCUCACAGUGUCUGUCACACUUGCGACGUUUAUCCUGGAAUAGUUCCUUCAAGCCUCUCACUGUUUGCACUCUCACGUCUGUUGCACAGCACUGAAUGUGACUUUAAACAUCAUGAAACUAUACAAGUACCAGACCAUCGUGUACUUGUGGUCAACAUCAGUUUGACAGCUGCAGUUGUUACAAAUAGCCAAAGCACGUUGGUUCUGGUGCUGACUUUAAGUGCAACACACAGAUCUGUAGCCGAGCAGCCUUUAAACACAGUUUUAAAAACAAAAAAAAAAACACAAUUUCAGGUUCUUCCAAAAAAAGUGCUAUCACAAAACACGCUGUUCAGUACCUUUUUUGAUAUCAAAACCACCGUUUACUUCAGUGCAGACACAUGAAGUGUAGCAUAUUAGUGUGUCACUGGUGAGUUUGGCUAUCAGACAGACAUCUAAGUGGUUGAUCGGCUUUGUUUUAAAUCAGCUCAGAUAUUUUAGUCUUAAGAGAGCACACCAGGCAGACACUUCACUGGGAAAACACAGUUUGCACAUGGGUUUGUUUGUAAAUUCAUGUAUAUUUUCAUUUCUGGAGGGUUAUGGUAUUCGGUGUGUGUGUGUUUUCUCAGGUUUCUGGCCCUGACCGGGGCCCAAAUGCUACCUACCUCUAUCUGUCAGGCCUGGAAAACCUUAACUACUGUACCUUUUCCUCCACAGAAACAGGUUUGGUUUGAUUUACAGCUUGCUCAUAAAAAAAAGUCAGUUUAAUAUCUCCGCCUUCUCUUUAACAUCAGGUAAUAAGCUGAUCUCUCAAAAUGUUUGAUUUUAACUUCCAUGUACAUAUUAAUCCAGAGAUAUUAUUUUCAGUGAAAUAAAAUACAUCUUAAAUGUUCAUGUUAUUAGUUGGUGCUCGCUUGUGGACUUGAAAGAGACGUGUAACACUACUGGUGGAAAAUAAUGUAACCCUGUUCAGCUGCUUUUGUCAAAGGAGUGUUUUUAAAAUGGUACUAACAACCUCUUCUUUCUUUGUGGUGUUGGUUUGAUUAGUCGGUUUAAAUGUUUGGUUAUAGACUUUAUCAAGUAUGGAGCACAUGAUGUAUUUUUGUUUUUUUUUUUUUUGGUUCAAAACAUUUUAAUAAAAAUCUAUCUCUUACAUUUAGCUGGACAGAAACUAUCUGCAGUCUCAAAAUGAAAUAUUUAUCCUCGACCGUGUGCAUAUUUUUGUCUCAUUAGUGUUGCUGUCAGUUAUUUUCACAGCAAUCCUCAGAGAUCACAAACCUGAACCCUGCUUCCUGUAUUUUAAAACUGACUGUUUGAACAUCUUUUAAAACAUGUCUAUGCAUUUAUGAAUUUGGCAGGGCAGGUUCACGGUUUUUAUUUCCAUCACGGAAUGUAUUCCUGUUAAUUACUGAACAGCUGAAUGUUCUUCUUUUCGUUGUUUUUAAGGUGACCUCUAUCGGUAGGAGUCACAGCAUCGUUGUAUGUAGUUAUAGAAAUUUGGUGAAAGGCUUCUAAUCUCAACAUGACAGCUAGAAAAAAAAAAUGCAUCCUAGUUUUGCUUUUCAGUAGUGAAUUUAGAACCAAAUAUGUCGCAGGCUGGCUCUCAAUCUAAUCCCAAGCUAGCACUUUAAAAGAUCUGUAGCAUGUCAGCAUCGGUUUGGCUCUGCAGGUGUGUAUAAUAAAUAUGUGUGCAAUAUUAAUUAACAGGCUGUAGAACAAAGGAAAACAGUUUAGAUAGACGUUAAGCCUAUUAAGACAAUUUGCACUGUUAAUAGUUUAUAGUUAACUUUGUGGUUUUCCUCUUGAUACAAAAACACUGCUUGAUUUUCUUUUCCCAAAUGUUCUUCUGCAGUAAGAAUUUUACAAACUCUAAAUUAGUGACAGUGCAUUUGUCUCAGUGUGUGUUUCUCCAGAGGAUUUGGACGUGGUGUGUAAGUGGAGGGUUUCUGUAUGUGUUAGUAUGUAAAGAUGUGAAAAUAUUGUUCUUUGCUCUGAUUCCUGGAAACGCUACACUUUUUAAUUUGCUGUGUGGGGAUUUCGUCAAAUAAAACUAGUGUGUUUUUAAAUCUA